GACCGAGCGGAAAUGCGCUUGUAAACCUGUUGGUGUCGCUUCCUGUCCUGGGUGGUGCCUUCAAACUUUCUUACUCGACUUCAUUCCUGUGUGUGGCAAUGAGUGAAUGGAGAAAACUGGUCGUAUAAAAGCUGAACAAGUGUUGUUUUGAACGGAGUCGUUUAUUUGACUCAUCUUGAUACAUUUCGCGCGGAGGGAGAGUAAAUAUCGAGUUAAAGUCAUGCAGGCCAUCAAGUGUGUGGUCGUCGGGGACGGAGCUGUGGGUAAAACAUGUCUGCUGAUCAGCUACACAACCAAUGCCUUUCCUGGAGAAUACAUCCCCACAGUAUUUGACAAUUACUCUGCGAAUGUGAUGGUGGAUGGGAAACCAGUGAAUCUGGGUCUCUGGGAUACAGCAGGACAGGAGGAUUAUGACAGACUUCGUCCCCUGUCGUACCCUCAAACGGACGUGUUUCUCAUCUGCUUCUCCCUUGUGAGUCCUGCCUCUUUUGAGAAUGUUCGUGCAAAGUGGUAUCCAGAAGUGAGGCACCACUGUCCAAACACUCCAAUCAUCCUGGUAGGAACCAAGCUUGAUCUGAGAGACGAGAAGGACACUAUUGAGAAACUGAAGGAGAAGAAGCUCACUCCCAUCAGCUUCCCUCAGGGCCUGGCCAUGGCCAAAGAGAUCGGAUCUGUGAAGUAUCUGGAGUGCUCAGCGCUCACGCAGCGCGGCCUUAAGACGGUGUUUGACGAGGCCAUCCGUGCCGUGCUCUGCCCUCCCCCUGUCAAGAAGAAUAGCAGGAAAUGCCUGCUGCUCUAGAGCUCUGAGGAAAGAUUGCUAUGAUCCAAACUGUAUUUCUAAGGGAAGAAGUUAGAAAUGAGACCAUGUUUUCAUUUUUCACAUCUUCCUUUGUAAUUACCAGUACAACUUUAUACCUUCACAAAACUUUUAUCAAUCGAUGUAGUAAAAAUCUAUCCCCUACCCAUCUCCCUUAGACAGACACGUACUAUUGGAUGACCUGCGACCUUUGACUAAUGGAUAUUAACUUUUAGAUGGUUAACAGUGUCCUGAAGUUGGUUCCUUCCAUUGAGAACCUGUAAGGUUUGUUUACAGUCUUUGUUUGAAAGAAAUGAAGAUCCUGCCAAAUAGCACUACAUUAGGAUGGGGCGGUACUGAGUCCACCACAUGUGUUGCUUUUUUUUUCCCCCUAAAGGGCUGCAACCAUUUGGCAAACCAGAGUAACUGUUGGCUGCUGUGAAGCAUAUGCAAUGUCUUGUGGUUUAACCCAUUUUUCUGAAGUGAUAAAGUUAAGUCAGCUGACCUCGCACCUGUUCCUGAAACAUGAGGUUCUGUUAAUGGAAGGAUGAGGUGUCCGAACAGAUUUUUAUACUUGCGUGCACACUAUCUGCCAUUUGUUUUGGGGAGGUUAUACUGUAAUUUAAGGCCACACUAAUUAUACACAAAAACAUGUCCUAGCCACAUUUCACUCCUAAAUUUUUAGAAAACAUAUUUUUAAACAUAAAAAAAAAAUGAAGCCUCUUUUUAGGACCUUUCAUCACAAUUAGUUUCCCUUUUUCUUUUACAUUUUAAGGAUUUUUUUUUUUUUUUUUUGUAUAAAUUGUACUAUAAUAUUUUACUGUAAUGAGAACUUUGAUUUGGGAAAAUGGGUUUAAUUGUAAUUGAAUGUCAUAAUAUAUCAUAAUGCAUGAUCCUUUAUUUUUGUGUAAUCAAAGUAUAAUUUCCAUCUUUCUUCUGAGGUGAAACAUGGCCAGGAAAUGUUUUGUUGGUCCCAGUAUGUCUAGAAGUCUCAGAAUGGGCAGAACUAGUUUUAGUCCCCAAAUAUCAGCGUUCAACAAAGGCUUUUUAAAACAUCUAAUGGAUCACAUGGGACAAUUAGUGUCUAUCUUAAUUUAGCGGUAUUUGAACACCUUGAUGCUUUUUGGGCAUUUAUAAUACUCCAUCUACAGCCAUAUCUAUUUUUUUAACAACACACUUUUCGAAACUCUCUUCUUUUUGACACUUUUUAUAUUUGCUAAUGUUACAAAAAGAAAGACUACUGUCGAAGUGUACACUACAGGAAUUAGUUCAUGUGAAGUAAGUUUUCUGUUGAUGCGGUUUAUUCCACUUACGUUUUACUUCUUACUGUACUUGUAACUGUCAAAUGUGUUUAUAUUCUGAAAUCGAUUGCUUAUUGAUUUGAGCAGCACAUCAUGUAUAAGGUAUUCUGACUUUUAACACUUUUACUUGAACUGUCCCGAGGCACAAAUACAGAAUAUGCGUCAUUUUUGAUCACCCUAUCGCGCGAUUUCUAUCUGCACCGUUAUAGCCAGAUUGUAACCCUGUUUUUAGGGGUAUUCAUUAUGUCACUUGUUUUACAGAGAUAUUGAAACAUAAUAAAUUUAUUGAUUAAAUCCUAAAAA